ACAUCGGCGCGAACAGAAGUCGCGGUUCGUGCGUUUCAUUCAUAUUCAUCUCUUCGCAGAAGCUCGGCUAUCGUCAACUUAUUAGGAAUUUUUGAAGUUCAAAUCGAAUUCGGUAGAUUUAUUUUUAUUAGGAACUGUUUGUUUAGCUUCAUCUUCCAAAAUAAAAUAAAUUUAAGCUGCGUUAAGAAUGUCCAAGAAUCCAGAGGAUUAUCCCAGUGACAGUGACGAAAGCGAUGAGGAUUUCAAACCCGACAAGGAAGAGGUCCAGUCUGGUAGUGAAAUUGAUUCCGACGAUAACCUGGAGGAAGAGGACGAUGAUGACAAAACCAGUUCCAGAAAGCGGAAAAGGAAAGAUGACAAGAGCAAUAACAAAAAGGCGCGCAGUGCCGAUUCCAAAACUAAACCAAAUUCCCCGAAAAAAUUAGACGAAUUGGAUGACGACGACGAGGAACAAUUAACCGAUGCUUUGUGGGCUGAUUUUCUUGCUGGCACCGAUAGUAGUUCCUCAUCAAAAGUAACGGCUAAGAAGGAACCAUCCAAAGCCACCUCAACCGUGGUUACCAAAAAACCUUCCGAAACCAGCGUGUCACAAACUGCUGUUUCCAAUAAACUCUCGGAAUCUGCUGAAACUCGAACAGUUACAAAGAUUUUUGAAUUUGCUGGAGAAAAGGUUGAAGUUACGGAGAAAAUUUCCUGUGCUGAAAGCGUAAAAUCUAAACCAUCCCCUUUGUCCGUCUCGUCCGGUGCCAAUGGAGCUGGGGGGCUUCCAAAGCCAGCAAUCGGAGGAUCAGCUCGUCCUACUUUAGGGAGUGGUGGACUUGGAUCAGUAUUAAAUCAGAUAGGCAAAAAGAAUAAACUAACCACCCUUGAGAAGACCAAGCUCGACUGGAAACAGUUUAAAAGCCACGAAGGUAUCGAGGAAGAACUCGAAACGCAUAACAAGGGAAAGGAUGGGUAUCUGGAACGCCAAGACUUCCUGCAACGAACCGAUGUGCGGCAGUUCGAGAUAGAAAAGUCGUUCCGACUUACUAAACGAAGUAAUCGAUAAACGAGCUGCCAAAGUAUAUGUAAUGGAAACUAAAUAUGCUAUGUACGACUUAACUGAAUACUAAAUAAUCAAUCCUAUUUCUCAAGAAUACCAGCUUGGUUUAUAACUGAUCUAACUGAUACUUUUACUCAACACAAAUACCGGAAAUAAAUCAUUACCUUCUAUCGUAA